CAAUACACGUAAACAAUGGUCAGUGUAUCCACACCCGUACAAUAAUGUAAGUGCACAAUUCACCGGAGUAAAUGGAUCAAGAUUCCAAACCGAAUGUUAAGCAUCGAUAUUUACGGAUUAUUAUGUGGAUUUCUUAAGGGAUGAGUUAUUGGCUACCAAAGUCAUGUUACCCAGUAUCAUUUUUAAAGAGACUUUCUUUGUCCUUUUUACAUUGCAAAUAAUGUACACUACUUCGUUAUUAAAGAAAAACGGUUUCUAUAACAAAGCCGAAGUCAAGCCCAUUGAUGUCCUAGUUUUUGUUGGGGAAUCAUUGACCUUAACGUGCGUGCUCAAAACCAACUCCCGUGUCAACAUAUCUAAAGUCUACUUCAAAAUUGUGUCCAACGAAAACGACUUUGAAUGGCUGGUACCUCAAGCUGACCACAUCGUCCUAAACCAAUUUGCGGUGUCGAUCAAUCUCACGAUCAGGGAAGAGUUCAAGCAGAGAACGACUGUGGAGUGUAAAAUAGGAAACAACCUUUUGCGUAGCGGCUUCAUAGAUGUUGAACGUCCUAUCCGAAACAUUACAAAUUUGGCUUCCUACUAUUUAUACAAAAGUCAUGUCAAUAUAACGUGGUCACUUGGUCAGGUCUACAACAGCUUAGACAACAUAGGAGUGGACGUUCGGUGGAGCACUGAAUCGUUUGGAAAUAAAACCAGUAAGGGGACUUUCAAUUGCUCUACGAUUUCACUGGAAUAUUGCGUCAUCGCCGAAGGUGAAGGUCGAUGGUUGUAUACCUUCUCUUUCAUCUAUGUAAGAGUCACUGUCUAUUCCAAGUCAAGCACUGAGAGACCCAAGCCGGGUGAAUAUACGAACGCUACAUCUGAACAUGUUAUCUAUAUUCCCAAUGCUACCAAGUCCAGCACACCAGUUGACCUGUCUUGUAUAAGUCCAAAUGGCACAUGUGUUAACGUACUCUGGUCGAAUCCUGAUUAUUUGAAUUUCAGCGAUACCAGCAGAAACGGAAAAGAGACUUUAUUCCACUAUAACCUGACGUUUGCAGAAAUGUCUGAAGAAAGCCGAAUCACAGUAUCACAGGUGACCAGUGGUUUGUACAGUGUAAAAUCUCUACCUGUCACUUUGUGCAGCUUAAGACCAUUUACUAACUACACUGUCAGUGUCCAGGUGAAACUAUUGAACAAACAGCCCUGGAGCGACUGGUCAACAGUGACCAUACAGACAGAAGAAGACAGGCCAUUAACGGGGCCUCCCGUGUCAGAAACGUCAUUCUUUACCACAGAGUGUUCUGAUGGUGUUAGAGAUGUCUAUGUUUACUGGAAGAAGCCUCACAGCACCACCCUCCAAGGUGUUUUAACGGGUUUUGAAGUGGACAUUAGCCCAAGUGUAACAGAUAGCCAGUACGUUUUACCUAAGAUGGCCAAUUACAUCAGGAUUGCCUCACAGGUCUGUGAACAGGACUACAAAGUCAAUGUGUACUCAACCACAAAGGUUGGAAGAUCUUUCAUGCCAUCGGUUGUCUUCAUUCCUAAAUCAAGUGAGCUGGAGUUAUUGAAUGACUUGAAUUUCAAGAUAGAAGAUCUUCGUGAUACAACAACAACUUCUCUGUAUAAGAAUCUUUCCAUAACAUGGAAGCCGGUGAUCCAGGGGAAUGCAACUCUUGUGUUUUAUAUUUGCCAGGAAAGUGUUGAAGAGUUCUCUUGCUCGAGUGAUUACAGCUCUACUGAGGUUGACGCAGGACUGGGAAACCUGUAUUUUGAAGGCUUGGAUAUUAAAGUUGACCUGUACGGCUAUGCAGUGAAACUGGACACUGGCCAAACAAAGGGCAUAACCUGGACAAAGUGCGUGUAUAACCGUAACGCCAAGCCUGGAACACCCAAGAAGACUACAGUGAACAGCGGAGCUGAUGCAGGAUCACUGGACAUAGCAUGGUUUAGUGAAGCUUGUGGAUCAAGAAAUACUCUUGUGGACUAUUACAUUAUCUAUAUUUGUGAAUCAGGAAACAGACAGCUUGAAGCUUGUCAAAGUCACAAUGUGAGUAGUUCUGCCCAGAUGAUGACAGUGAGAGAGCUGAACAUGGAUCAAGAGUUUGAUGUCUCAAUACGAGCAGCUACAUUACAUCAGUUGGGAGAGUUGUCGGACUUUGUCACAGGAAGAACAAAAGCAAGAAAAGAAGAACUACUUUCCCUUGGUGGAGUUUUGGCGACAGGUUUUAUUAUUACCUUAGUUGUCGCCCUUCUUGCUUUGGUUCUGUACUUAAUUUGCCAUUGUCGGAAGUCUAAAAGAAAGUUUUCUAAAUUAACAAAAGCUCGUCAGCAUGAAGACUUAGUAACAGCAACAGUAAAUUUCUCACAUCAGGUUAGUGAUGAGUCUGGCAUUGUCGCAGACGCUGAUUUCCCUACUAUGGAUACAAACGAAUGGCCGACUAUGUCAGAGGCGACAUUUAUUUGUAAUCCUUCAUUGCCCUUAACCUCUCGGCCACAAGUAUCAUUGUCAGUUACACAACUUAAAGAAGAGGCGCAUGGGCAAUCAUCAAGUGUUGAUGCCUCUCAGAGGCGUCUUUCGCCACCACUUGAUUAUGUGCGCGUAGCGACUCACCCUUCUUCGGGAACCGCCAGUGAGCUAAUUACCGGGGAGUCAACUACUGAAAAUUUAAUACAAGAUACGGUUUCCUUUCCUGAGACGAUUCCGUAUGCCAGCAUUCGUCCCUGUAAGAAUGAAGAUAAUCCUGGUCCAUCUCAGUUCAUGUUGACUGACAUUCUCUGUGAGAAAGAUUGCUCCGGAUCUUUAAAUGAUGAGAAUUUAGAACACAACUCGGACUUUAAAAAGGAUUAUCUGCCCAAAAUGGUGAACGGAAAUACCGUCACAACUGCUCGUUUGGAUAGUUUGGAGAAUUUGGCUCAGACAAGAGUUAUAGUAACUCAAAUGGGCCAAUCAGAAUUGACUUCCUCAGAUAACCAUGGUAACGUUACUGAAGGGACUAUUCGUGCUGACUUAAGAGGUGUGAGCAGUUAUGCACAUAGUAUUAUAGCAGCUCACUCUGACCUACUUAACAGUGAAUAUGUCCGCGACGUCUGCACGAAGAAACUAUCUGAGUAUAAACAAGUGAGCCCAGAUUAUAAGACCUCCCUGUCUCAACAGUUUACGCCCGAACAUAAAAAGUCUAGUUUGAGUGAGUGUUCAGCCCAAGAGGUUCCCAUACUCACAAAGAAUGACUACUUCAUUAUGUUUCCUAAAUCUACAAAUACACUUCUAAGACAUUUGUUUCCAAAGGACGAUAAUCUAACUUAGAAAAGUACUAAACCUAGGAGUCAAACAAUAGCAACCAAUGCGCAUACACCUAAGUUUUAAGGUGUCCAAAUCUGUUAAAAUCUGUGGGCAUUUUUCUCCAAAUCGAUUUUAUUUCUGGGCACUUCACUUGUGAAUUUCGUGAAAUAUCUCCGAAUGGACAGAUGAACUUUUACAUCGUCUGCCAAAUAUUCGCUGAAAUUAAAGAGGAACUUUACUAGCAGCGUGUGUGUAAAGUGUAAACUAAUUAUUUAAGUGUUUAUUGAUCUAAAUGUAUAUUAAAAAAAUAUGCCCUAAAAUCUUAGCACAAAAGAAUCACUGCACAAGGUGACAUCCGAGAAUGCGUUUGGAAGAAAUAACGUGUACACACUUUUUUAGACAGACAGACAAAGUGACAGACGGUUAGAUAGACAACUAAAGGCGUUGAAUUCAUGGAGCGCAGGUUUUCUUGGGGGGACAUAUAUAGUGGUCAAUUCACUAAGAGACAAGAACAACUGUUUUGAUGUAGAUGGUAAAGUGUGUCCACCUUGUGGUCGACUCUUGCAUUUCCGUGGAUCCAAUGGAAGUCUGUGAGAUUGAAUGCUAAGUCUGCUAUUAGAUAUCAGGGAAAGAAAACAAAUAGGCUUGUACUGUUACAAGUCAACACUCUGGCUAGCAAACAAGAUGGAACUUCUCAGUGCUGUAAUGUUCAGCUGGAUCGGUCACAUGACUCACUGUCAAAAUCAUAAAGGUACAAAGGUAAUAAAAUGACUAAAUGAUCGACGUCAAACAAUGUAGCGACAUUUCUCUUGAUUUUGCUUAUGAUUGCUACUAAUUGGGAAGAGGGACGAAACUUUGUUACUCAAACCGUAACAGAACCCACAAUAGAUGCCAUAUAUAUUACAGUCACAAUUGCAUUUUUUUUUGUUUCGUUGUUUACAGCAAUUCAUGUAUUAUAAAUAAGGGUAAAAAAAAAAAGUUUAAAAAAAAAAAAGAUGUCCUGAUUCAGAGAAUCGAACUCGGUUCCUUUGUAUUCAAAGGACAGUGCCCUACACAAGUGCCACACAGCACACAUGCUUAGUGAUAUUUUAAGUUAUUUAGACAUACUUAGAAUUAAAAUUCAUUUAAAAAAUAAAUCUACAGUUUUUU